AUGGGUGAAUUGGACAACGGCAGAGGCAGCGCACGUCUGAACAUGUUCCGACAUCUGCACGAGGUUAAGAGUGGGAGGACGUCGUCUCUUAGCCACGAGAUACUCGGGUUCGAUGCUCAGGGUAACGUAGUCAACUACGGGUGUUCAGAGCUGAUGACGGCAGAGAGGAUCGGCGAGAGGAGUGCGAAGUUGGUGUCGUUCCUGGACCUGGCGGGACACAGCAAGUACCAGCGCACCACGCUGCACGGACUCACCGGGUACUCGCCGCACUACGUCAUGCUCGUGAUCUCUGCCACGGCCGGUAUAACUCCGAUAACGGAGGAACAUAUAACCCUACUGUCUGCGCUGGACGUGCCAUUCUUCGCCGUCAUCAGCAAGUGCGAGCUCGCCGCCGCGGCCGUGCCCGCGCUCACGGCCAGGCUCGCCGGCCUGCUCGCCGCCUCCAACAAGAAACCCAUACUGAUCACUGAUGAAAACCUAGCCAGGAACUGCGUGGCUCCUCAGAAGUUGAUCAUUGAUGCACUGGAUCAUACCAAGGAAGAAACCGCGGAGUGCGGCCAGGUCCCCGUGUUCCCGGUGAGCAGCGUGCGCGGGCUGGGGCUGAGCGCGCUGCACGCCUACCUGCUGGCACUGCGGCACCCGCACCCCGCCGCCAGCCACGGGGACGAAACGUGCGAGUUUCAAAUAGACGAGAUAUUCCACGUGGGAGACAACUCUGGCCCCGUCGUGGGGGGACUCUUAGCUAAGGGACAGCUGAGGGAGGGAGAUAAUGUCAUUAUAGGCCCGCUAGAAGACGGCUCGUUCUCCCCCACGACGGUCCGUUCCAUAUACCGCAACCGCGCGCCGUGCGGCUGGGUGCGGGCGGGGCAGUGUGCCAGCGUGGGGCUGGCGGCGGGGGCGCGGCCCCGCCCUGGCAUGGUACUGCUGGCCCCGCCGCGGAGGGCUCCCAGGAGACCUGCCUUUGGGGCCUGCGCCCCUGGACACUGCAAGCAGGGCAACCAGCUGAAGCAGCUUAUAGAACAGAAUCUAUCGGACAAGACGAAGAAUCGUAAAAACGUACGAAGGAAAAACAAGAAUCUACUUCGAGACAUUGAAUCAGAAGAUAAUAUAUCGAAAGAGAUUGUUAUAGACAACAAUAUAUUGUAUGACGAUGACGAUGAUGUCACGUACGAUGACUGCGUAUGCUCCGACAAAGUCCUGCUUGAAGAUCCCAAUGAUCCGAGAGGAUGCAUCUAUUUCCAGGCGUCAGUGCACGUACUGCGUCACUCCACCGUGAUAUACCCCGGCUUCCAGUGCACUGUACAUGUCGGGAACGUCAGGCAGACGGCUAUCAUAGAGGGUAUAAUGUCCCUGCACGCAGUGCUCCGCGCGGACGAGAGGGCGUCCGUACUGUUUCGGUUCGUGCGCUGUCCGGAGUACUUGGUCAAAGGACGACGACUGCUGUUCACGGCUGGACUGGGGACCAGAGGCAUCGGCCGCAUCACUCAAGUAUUUCCCUACGUACCUUGAACACAACCGCACCAAAUUCGGUCAAGCAAUUUCGUAUAAUGCGACUUUAUAAUAAACUAACAGAUCUGUUGUCUCGCUCUUACGUAGUGGCAUUCUCAUGAGGUAGAAAGGGAUGGAAGAUGUUUUUUGGAUUUAAUAGUAAUAUUAGACAUGCUUUGUUUAGCAGUACUUUUUCAAAUUUGAAAGUUUAAUUUUCGUAAUUGACGCUUAUCUAAUUCUUUAAGAAAGUAGUGUAAAAGAUUAGGUCUCGAGUUCGAAUUCCGUGUCGGGUGUUGAUUGAGACGGUCUGGUGUUGUGCUGGACUAUGACACGACUGUACUCAGCUGAAUGAAUUGAAUUCAAUUAUUGUUAUACUCAUAUUUAUUACUAAAAUAUAAUAAUGUAAACAAUGCAAUAGGCGUCAGAAUUAAAUUUAAACCUCAACAGCGAGUGAUAGUCUAGUGCUGCACUAUGAGUCUCCUAUACAUAAGAGGGUUUGUCAUAAUCUCCGCAGGCAGGCGGGUUGGAGAUCGCAGUAUAAAAUGUUCAGGUUUAUCAGAGAGCGCUGCUGCGCGGUCUCUGGCCUAGUCUCUUGGUCGGGUAUACGACACCCGCGGGAAGAGUAGCGGUGGUCGACUAAUUUCUACUCUGUCGUCUCUAGUUGUCAAUAAUUACAAUUCUAGUCGUUACAGCGAAUGGUUAAAUAACUUUUGCUUUUUGGUCUAAAUUAGAUGUUAUAUUGUAUAUUUGCAUCUCUGUCUACCCCCUCUGGGAUUCCAAGGUGUGUUUUUAUGUUAUGUACUCUUAUAUGAUAGGUCUUGAAUCGGCUAUGCCCGCGUAGAAUAGUGACUUUGAACACAGGUUACAGCUCCUCUCCCCUAGAUGAUAGCGUGAUGAUAUAUAGCCUAUAUGUUGACCCGACCUGUUAGUAAUAUUCAUGCAAAAUUUGAAGUAAA